UAAUGACCCCAAGCGUUCUGUGCUGUACGAUAAAAUACAUUAAAACCCCUCCAAAACAGAUAAAAACAACGUGAUUGAAAUUCCGUUUGAUUCUCGUGUGGAAAACCCCAAUAAGGACACGCGCACUCUAUCCCAGACAGCUUGGCUCUACAAAAAUGGACUCUAAGUACGCAAGGAUAACACUGUUUUGUAAUUAGCCGGGAGCCUUUUAGAUUCAUUGUAAUAUGAAAUAUCAAAUAAAGCAAUAAUGUAACUAUGAAAAAUAUUGAAUGGCUCGUGAAGCGAAACAAUAAUUGCAAUGAGUUUCAAAUUAUUUCGUUAUUGCUGGUUUUACUCGCAGUUUUCCGAGUUGAAAAUACCUUGGCGUGCAAUGAUCUGUCUCUAGUGGAUUCAGAUAAUUGUUUGUGCUAUACGUUGGAAGAAGCUGUUUUCCUUGAUUGUCAAGACACUUCAGUACAAAAUAUAAAAAAUGCGUUUCAAAGUGUAUCAAAUAUACAUUCAUUCACAGUUUAUGAUCUUGAUGGAAACGAAGAAGUAUUGGGACCAAGUUUAAUACCAAAUAAUGUUUGCAUCAAACAUUUUCAUAUGUCGAGGACAAGUAUAACGAAUAUCGAAGAUGAAACUUUUGCGCCGUUAAGAAAGUGCCUUGAAACGCUAAGCAUCGUAUCUAGUAAACUUAAGUUACUACCGCAAAAAGCCAUUUCUGGCUUGUCAAAACUUUUGUCGCUUGAAAUUACUUCCAACUAUAUCCAAGAAUUACCAAACUAUAGUUUUUAUGGUCUUUCUAUAACUAAACUUGUAAUGAAAGGCAAUAUUAUUGAAUAUGUACCAAUUCAUGCGUUUUCGGGCUUAGAGCAAUCUUUAACUGAGUUAGACUUGAGUGAAAAUAAUAUUACAAUUUUCCCCAUGGCUGCAAUAGUAAAAUUAAAUCACCUUCAGUAUCUAAGGCUAGCCUGGAAUGAAAUAUCUGCAGUACAAAGUGUUGAAAAUGCUGAGCUAUUUCGCCUAGAAUACUUAGACUUAAAUUCUAAUAAUUUUGAAUUUAUUUCAGAAGACUGCCUUAAAUUUAGUCCGUCCUUAACGACGUUAUCAUUUCACUUUAAUUUUGUCACAAAUAUACAUUACAAAGCCUUCGUUCUAUUAAAAAAUUUAAAAUCUAUUGAUUUGAGUUACAACAGAAUAAAAAUUUUGAGCAGUCAAUUGUUUCAACACAAUAAAAAUCUAGAAUUCAUUGACUUAAGCCACAAUCACCUUCACCAUAUUAAUGGCUUACUGUGUAGCAUGCCAUCUCUAACAAAAAUACUAUUAGGUCAUAAUAAUAUACUUGAAGUGCCAAUGGAUUCAUUUAUAAAUUCAACAAAAAUUAAUAUACUACACUUAGAUAAGAAUUGCAUUAGUAACAUUAAUAGUGAGAGUUUUAGUGACUUAGUAAAUUUAGAAGAACUGCGGUUAGAUUUUAAUUAUAUAUCUCAAGUGCCACAUACAACUCUAAUAUUAAAUGAAAAAUUAAUAACAUUAAGAAUAGACAAUAAUAAAAUACACGACAUUAAUAACGAUACUUUCAAAUCCCUUAAAUAUUUAAAAGAGAUAAGAAUACAUAAUAAUGAACUCUCUUCGAUUCCUAAAUCAUUAUUUUUAAAUUCAACAAAGGUAGAAACUAUUUAUUUAAAUCACAACAAAAUAACUUUCAUAGAAUCGGGAGCAUUUGCUCUAAUGACCAACCUUAAAUUAAUUUAUUUAAAUAACAAUAAACUUAUAGAUAUAAAAGAUACUUUGCCUAAAGGGGGUACCAAUUUGCUCACAAUUUUCUUACAUUCAAACAUGUUAACAUCAAUCAAUAAUUACGAAUUACAAAAUAGAUUAUUUCAUCUUAAUUUAAAUCAGAAUAGGGUGAAAUUUUUAACAAAAUUUACUUUCGGAAAUCUUACAUAUUUAACGCGGCUAGAGAUCAGUAAUAAUGAUAUAUCUGAAAUUUAUGAGUUUUCUUUCCAACGCCUAAGUUCGGCACGAUACCUCGAUUUACAACGAAACUCAAUUCGAAAUAUUACUACUUAUACAUUUUUUGGAUUAGCUGAAUUAGAAGUUUUAGAUAUAUCAUUCAACAAGAUCAAUUAUAUUUUUGAAAUGGCUUUUGAAAACUUGAAAAAAUUAAGAAGCCUUAAUUUGUCGUUUAACCCUCUUAAAAUAUUGUUCCAAAAUACAUUUCAAUUUGGAUUACCACUAAGCACUUUAUACUUAGACAGUUGUGAAAUUCAAGUAAUUGAAAACGGUACCUUUCAUGGCCUUAAUAAUCUUAAAAUGCUAACUUUAAGAAAUAAUUCUCUUAAAGCCAAAGAUCUAUUAGUUUUUGAUAUUCCAGGGCUAAAAAUGUUAUCUUUAUCCGAUAAUAUUCUCGACUAUUUACCUGUAGAUGCAUUUUAUCAACUUCCUUUACUAGAAAUAUUAGUCUUAGAACACUGUAAUAUUCAAGAGAUAGUUGAGGGUACAUUUACAGCUAACUCUAAUUUGAUAAAACUUCAAAUUGCACAAAAUAUUCUUAGUACAAUACCAAAUACAAUAUUUGGCCCAUUAAAUUCGAUUGCUGAGCUUAAUAUAAGUAAUAAUUUUCUUGAUUAUGUGCCAUACGAUACAUUUUAUAAUGUUACAUCAGUAGAAACUUUAGAUUUAUCUGACAAUCUACUUCCCAAAGUAGAAUUAAGCGGCUUCCAGGAAUUAAGGAAGCUGAAGUACUUGAUAUUACGUAAAAAUGAGAUAAAGUCAAUAUUAUGCAAGAAAAAAAUAACUCUAAUUGAACUUCUUUUGUUUGACGUUAGCUACAAUAGGUUAGAUCAUCUACCAGCUACUAUAUUUGAAUAUUUUCCAAAAAUACAAAACAUCAACAUUUCUAAUAAUAACAUUAUACACUUUGAUUUUCUAUUUGCAUAUAAAAAAUUUGGUUUUCCCCUGAUAAAUAUAGAUCUUAGCAAAAAUUCUAUUUUAACAUUAAAAACUCCGAAAGGUAUUAAUAAAAAUUCAUUGAUUGCUAAUAUAUACGAAUUAUAUAUAACUACAACGAAUUUGAGCAACGUCGAAGAAAUACCAUUUGAAUUGUUUAUAAGUUUACAACACUUAUAUCUCAGACAUAAUAAAAUUAGGCGCCUUUCAAUAAGUCCCUUUUCAAAGUUAACUUACUUAGAAAAUUUAGAUUUAAGUUAUAACAGAAUCACUCAUCUAAAAUCGAGUAAUUUUCGUGGACUAGUAAAGCUGAGCGCUUUGUGCCUAUCUCACAACAAUAUUGAAUCAAUGGACUCCUUUGACGAAGAUUUGUCAAAUUUAAAACUUUUAGAUCUUUCUCACAAUAAAUUACAAAACAUUUUAAAUGAAGACUUGAUUAAUUUAAAAGAGUUGACAGUUCUCGAUUUAAGUCACAAUAACAUAAAAUAUAUAUCAGUCACCGCUUUUAAAUAUACAAAUAAAAUAGUGCAGCUAGAUUUGGACAAUAACAAACUACAAAAUAUUCCACUUGAUCUGUUGAAUUCUAUAGAAAAUCACAUUCAAGAAAUUUCAAUCAAAGAAAAUGUUAUUAUUUGUCUAUGUCAAAAAAAUAAUACAUGGACUUGGAUACAAGAUCAUCCAAAAGUAAUAAAACAAAAUACUGUCAGUUGUUUGAAUGACCAAUAUCCUAAAGUUAAAUGUGAUUUUCCUUCAAUCACACAAGUUUCAGUUGACAAACAUAAGGAUAACUCUGUGUCGCUUUCUUGGUUUAUAAGAAAUCGAACAGCGAUAAAAGUGUUACAAAUUAUAUACUACAACGAUGUAAUAACUUCAGAGGUCAUCACAAAAUAUGUAGACUACAGUGAGACAUCAACUUACCUUACCAAUCUUAAGCCAAAUACAAACUAUGUUGUUUGCAUAUUAGCAUCAAAUGGAUCACCAGUUAUUAGUGAUGAAAACGGGAGUAUUUUAAACAUUAACAGCACUGUUAUGGAUCAAGAUGUGAUGCUGAAAAUAAACCGAAGCUUAGCUACAGCAGCUAUUACACAGUCCACGUCAAGUGAAUGCAUUUCAUUUGAUACAUUUACAAAGCCGCUCACAGUUAAGAUGAAGAACAAAAAAGCUUUAAAAAUAUCUUCAAUUUUAAAUAGACGCUUGGGAUUAAUAGUAGGGUGCUCAUUAGGCUGUGUAGUUUUUGUAAUAAUGGUAUCAGUUUUAUUGUAUACAAAAAUAAAAGAAAGAAAAAGGAUAGCAAAGUCUGAUCCUGCUUGGUCAGAGAUGAAUGAUUAUCAUUCUGUUCAUAGUAAGGAAGAUAUCUUACAAAGUUCAACUACUGCAUCUACUGAUAACAUUUUAUUAGGAAUGGCUAAAAAUCGUAAUAUUUCUCUAGAAAAAAUGAAAUAGCAUUUUAUGAAAUGAUUUCUCGCGUAGUAGUCGCCUAGAUGUAAUAAUAUUUUAUUAUUCUUCUAUAUUAUGGUAUCUUAAUAUCUUAAGUAGAUGCUUAUGUUGCUCAUUGCAAAAUAUUAGAUUUUGUAAAAAUGAAAACUCAAUAAAUUUUACUUACAACAUUUUACUAUUUACUAUUUACGUAGUAGUAGAGAACGUUAUAUUAAAUAAAUUUGUUGCUCUAG